GCCUUAGGGCCCUGCGUGCCCCCCCCGGAGCCGCCUCCAGGCGCGGGGCCCUCCCCGGGGCCGGGCCUGUCAGGGCCGGGGGGGGCCGGGCCGGGCCCGGGGCCGCUGUGAGGUGCGGGGACCCCUCCUGGCCGCGUCCCUAAUCGUGCAGGAGCUCUCCGUCCGGCGGGGUCGCGGAGGCCGCGAUGUGGAGGCUGGCGGCUCACGUGCUGCGGGGGACCAAAGUCCACGCCGUGCUCCAGGACAGGAGCGUGCUCACCACGGCCACCCUGCUGCCGUGCCGCCGGCGGGGGACAGCACGAGGGGCCCACAGCAGCGACAUGAGCACGGCGAUACAGAAGGUGGAGGCUCCGGACGCUGAGCACCUCAUCCGCGUGCACUGGGCGGACGGGAGCGAGAGCCGCUACCCGUGCGUCUGGCUGAGGGACAACUGCCAGUGCCCCGACUGCUUCCUCAGCUCGGCCAAGGCACGCAGGCUGCUCUUCGAGGACCUCGAUGUUGACAUCGUGGCGAAGGAAGUCACUCUGACAGACAGAAAAAAGAUAUCUAUUACAUGGCCCGAUGAACACACAAGCGAAUAUGAGGCUGAGUGGUUGAAAAAACGAUGCUUCUCUGAAGCAGCCAGAGCAGAGAUGCGAGAAGAUUUGUUUUUACCAGAACGUCAGUACUGGGGCUCAGACCUGCAGCUUCCCGAAAUACCUUUUGAAGAAAUCAUGUACAAUGAUCGGAGUGCAUACCAGUGGCUGUGCACCCUAAAGAAAGUGGGAAUUGUGCUACUAACAGGAGCUGCUGCUAGGCAAGGGGAGUUGGUUAAGCUUGGCCACAGGAUUGGUUUCCUGCGUCUCACUUUUUAUGGACCGACUUGGCAAGUGCAAGACAAAGCAGAUGCUAACAACGUGGCUUACACGACCGGGAAGCUGUGCUUUCACACCGAUUACCCUGUUCUGCAGCAUCCACCUGGGGUUCAGUUUCUCCACUGUAUAAAGCAAACAGCUGCAGGAGGUGACAGUGAAGUUGUAGAUGGAUUUCACGUUUCCAACAAGCUGAAGCAACAAAACCCUCAAGCAUACCAGAUCCUGUCCUCUACUGCUGUAGACUAUACGGAUGUCGGGGUCGACUACUGUGAUUUUGCCGUGCAGUGUAAGCAGAGGAUUAUAGAUGUGGAUUACAGAGGCCAAGUAGUUCGCAUCAAUUACAAUAAUGCAACAAGAGACACAGUGUUUGACAUACCAGCCGAAAAAGUGCGGCCAUUUUAUGCAGCUCUAAAGGAAUUUGAUGAUUUAUUAAACAGCAGAGAACACAAGUUUACUUACAAGCUGAAACCAGGAGACAUAGUAACCUUCGACAACUGGCGCGUGCUUCAUGGUCGCCAGAGCUUCCAGUCGGGAUCAGAGGUGACUCGCCACCUGGAGGGUGCCUACGCCGACUGGGACGUGGUCAUGUCAAGGCUCCGGCUCCUCCGAAAGAGGGUCCUGAAUAGGGACUGAGCUUUCUUCUGACUAGAACAAACAAAACUAGACUGUCUAACCUCAAAAAAAAAAAAAAAGUAUAAAUAAAAUAACUCAUGUCAGAAACUAA